CAGUAAUUUUUGAUGAAAUCGCACUAUCAGCAUCAUUACAAUAUAUGGCACAAGAAGGAUAUAGUUGGAUUUGAAGAUUUGGGUGAAAAUAAUAUGUCUAAUAAUUUUGCCGAUAAAGCAUUGGUAUUUAUGGUUAGAGGAUGCAGAAAGAAAUUUAAACAACCAGUUGCUUUUUACCUUACUAGUAGUGGAAUGACAAGCAUUCUAUUAUCAGAAAUUAUUAAAAAUGUUAUUGAGGCAGUGCAAUCAACUGGGCUCACGGUUAUUUCAACAAUUUGUGACCAAGCACCCAUAAAUGUAGCUGCUAUUAAUAUAUUACAAAAAAACACUAAUAAAAUUUAUAAAAAUAAUGGUCAAGAUUAUACAGGAUUUGGUUUUGAAAUAGGAGGCCAUGACAUAGUUCCUUUAUAUGAUGUGCCUCAUUUGCUUAAAGGUCUGAGGAAUAAUUUAGUCUCUAAAGAUUUAAAUUUUGAAUAUGAGGGGAAAAACCAUACAGCUUCUUGGAAACAUAUAAUCCAAUUUUAUGAACUCGACAAACGUCAAAGUACAGAAGGAGAUCGGUUAACACCCAAACUCACUGAUUGUCAUGUGUAUCCAGCUACACUGAAAAAAAUGAAAGUGGCUAAUGCAGCUCAAGUUUUUAGUCAACGCGUUGGAGCAAUUAUGAAACGAUUUGCUGAGAUGAAUAAAGAAAUUCCAGUAAUAAUAGGCCUUGAUGCUUCAGCACAAAGUACAGGACAAUUGUGUUUAUUUAUGGAUAAGUUAUUUGAUAGAGCAAACGGUAACUCCAUUAAACCAGAACUUGGAAAAAAUUUAAGAUGUGCAGUUACAAGAAAUUCGUCUCAUUGGGAUUUUUGGCAAAAAGCAUUAAUUACUCUCAAUUCAAUGAAGUACAUAAAUACAAACAAAGCAAUUGUUCCUUCAAUUACUAAUUGGAUAAAGACAGUAAAGGGAAUUAUGCACAUUUGUAAACGACUUCUUGAUUGUGGCUUUGCAUUUGUAUUGUUGCGAAAUUUUAAUCAAGAUCCGAUUGAAAACUUUUUUGGUUCUAUUUGUAGUCAUGGAGUCAGGAAUAUAAAACCAACACCGGCUAUGUUUAUGUCAUCAUUUAAAGCAUUGUCAAUAAACAACUUCACGUCUAACCAUUCGGUAGGAUCAAACUGUGAAAAUGAUGAUUGUGAUGGUGCUUUGGAUAAUUUAAAGAAUUUCUUAUUUGAUGAAAUACCCCUAGAAGAAACUAUCAUUCAGAGUCCAACGGAGAGCAUGAUUGAAAUUGAAAUUCCAAAUGUUAAAAUACCCAGUUCUAAUUCUCAAGUGAAUUCUGGAAGUAGAGCUUAUGUUGCUGGAUGGGUUAUAAAAAAAAUUAAAAAAAUUACCAAUAAUUGUCGAUUAUGUGUAUCCAUGCUUUCAUCUGACAUUGUUUUAAAUGAACAUUUUAUAAUAAAAAUACGAAAUUAUUCUCAAUGUAAACUAUUUCUCCCUGAUAAAAAUGUAAUUAACUUA